AUGAGGUGGGAACCGCAUUCUUAUUUCUCUUCUCACCUGGGCGCCGAGUGCCCUGCUGAGAUGACCGAAGGUGACUUUGCUUUGCCUUCCCACAUGGCACUCCUUGACCUGGGCCGGCAGGAGUCAGGAGGGGUGAGCAGGUAUGUCACGUGGAGGAGGGUGGUGCAUCACAGCACACCAGCUCUCAUCGCAUUUGGUGAACUCUUCCUCCAAGGCAGUGCUCUCUCGGGGGGAUUGGUGUUUAUGGUCCCUCUGUGGAAUGUGUGCUUUGGGACCACUGAGUCCUGCCCCGUCCAGGAAAAGAGCUUUCUCUGA